AUGCUCAUCCUCAGCUAUGUUCUCCUGGUGCCAGGCCUCACGCAGGUUCUCUUCAGCUUCAACAUUGUGGUGAACGUCCUCGGCCAUCGUAUCAACGUGCAGCCGGAGAAGGGCCACGUCGCCUGCACGGAAACUGUCACAGGGCUGGUGGACCUGCUGGAAAAGACAGGGUCGAGGACUGGCGCCGUCCUCAUCAUCCUCUAUGCAGUGGUGGUGCCUGUUGUCAAACUGCUUCUGCUUGCGGUCGGCGAGAUCUUCAGGUUCUCUUCUUCCGAGUGUCUGGUCAUCAUCGCCCGAGUUUGCAUCAACAUCGUGCAAUGCAUCUCGAAGUGGGCUUGUCCAGACAUGUUUGCAUAUAUCCUGCUGGUUCAUCUGGUGCGGCUGCUUAACAGCGACCCACUGGUUCUGACAGCCGCGAAGCUAGAUGUGGGCUUCUCCUGUUUCAGCGUCUUCUGCGUUUGCUCGACGAUUUCGUCUUUGGGCAUCAGCUUGCCGCAUCUGCCGGGGCGGACGCCAGCUGCCGGGAGCCCCCUGCUCGGAGCCAAAGUGGUGAAACUCCUUGCAGCAGGAAUUGCAGCGAUUUUCGCCAUAUUUUUCAUCGCGGGACUGUCGAUCCCCUGCAUGUCUCUCAGGAUCGAUGAGAGGCAGCUCUACCCCCCGAAUGGCUCGGUGCCCUACUCCGCCAAGCCACUGGUGGAGUCCCUGGCCAUCCCGGAUCUUUUGAAGUCCGACAUCAGCAUCCUCUCCUGCACCCAGUGGCUGGUUCAGGAGAUUGGACAUGGAGAGGCAAACAGCUUGUUCGCCCUGGUGAUGUUCGGACUCUGCGUGAUAGCCUUGCCACUGGCAGACGUCCUCUGCCUCCUGCUUGCAGCCUUUCGCCUGGAUCCACAAACCACGGCCGCCGAAGCCCCAUCGUCCCAGCCAUGUUGGUUCUACUCUUGGGCAAAAGUGCUCCGGAAGCUGGCAAUGCUGGAUGUGUCCAUCAUGGGGGUCUAUGUCAUCACCUUCUGCAUGGGCAUCUACAAGAAGCAGGGCAUCGUCCUGUCCACGCAUACCGGCGUCUUGAUGCUCAUCGUGGCAGAAGUGGCUCACACCCUGCUGUACUGGCUUGUGUCUGGUGCCGCCGAGCACGCAGAAGCCCUGGCGGAAGAGGAGCUGAUCGCGUACCGCGCUGCAGCUCAAGAAGCCGGUGGUCUCGAUGCGGAUGGGCCGCAGGGACUGAGUUGCUGUGGCAUCUCGAAGUUCCUCCAGCUUCCGGUGGGACUGGGUCCGGCGAAGGGUCGCUCAGAGAUAAUUCCGUUAAUGUGA